GCUGGGCGCCCUCGGCGCUGCCGCGGGGCUCCGCGCCCAGGUCUUCCUCUGCAACCGGCCGCUUUGGCUCAAGUUCCACCGGCACCAGACCGAGAUGAUCAUCACCAAGCAGGGCAGGCGCAUGUUUCCUUUCCUGAGCUUCAACAUCACGGGCCUGAACUCCACGGCCCACUACAACGUGUUCGUGGAGGUGGUGCUGGCCGACCCCAACCACUGGCGCUUCCAGGGGGGCAAGUGGGUGACGUGCGGCAAGGCGGACAACAACAUGCAAGGUAACAAGGUAUAUGUUCACCCUGAAUCCCCCAACACUGGAGCUCACUGGAUGAGGCAGGAGAUCUCCUUCGGGAAACUGAAGCUGACUAAUAAUAAAGGUGCUAACAACAACAAUGCUCAGAUGAUAGUGCUGCAGUCUCUACACAAAUACCAGCCGAGACUUCAUAUUGUAGAAGUGACUGAAGAUGGAGUCGAAGAUGUCAAUGACUCUUCAAAAACUCAGACAUUUAUUUUCCCAGAAACACAGUUCAUAGCAGUUACUGCGUAUCAGAAUACUGAUAUCACCCAGCUUAAAAUUGACCAUAACCCUUUUGCAAAAGGCUUCAGGGACAACUAUGAUUCCAUGUACACAGCUUCAGAAAAUGACAGGUUAACUCCAUCUCCCACGGAUUCUCCUAGAUCCCACCAGAUUGUCCCAGGAGCCCGGUACAGUGUGCAGCCAUUCUUCCAGGAACAGUUUGUCAACAACCUACCACCAGCCAGAUUUUACAAUGGUGAGAGAACAGUACCUCAGACAAAUGGCUUGCUCUCGCCCCAGCAAAAUGAAGAAGUGUCCAAUCCCCCCCAGAGGUGGUUUGUUACUCCUGUGCAGCAGUCUGGUGCCAACAAACUGGACAUGAACUCUUACGAAGGAGAGUAUUCACCAAGCACCUUGCUCCCCUAUGGCAUUAAAUCGCUUCCGCUUCAGACAUCCCAUGCACUGGGAUACUAUCCUGAUCCAACGUUUUCAUCUAUGGCGGGGUGGGGAAGCAGAGCCUCCUAUCAGAGAAAAGUAACGUGGACUUCACGAACAAGUCCUUCAGGCUUCUCUGAAGACCAGCUUUCUAAAGAGAAAGUUAAAGAAGAAAUUGGCUCAUCCUGGAUAGAGACCCCACCUUCCAUAAAGUCUCUAGAUUCAAAUGAUUCAGGGGUCUACACGGGUGCUUGUAAGAGAAGACGACUCUCCCCUAGCACUUCUAGCAAUGAAAACUCUCCUACAAUGAAAUGUGAGGACAUUAAUGCUGAGGACUAUGGCAAAGACACUUCAAAAGGCAUGGGCUACUAUGCUUUCUAUGCUAGUUCUUAAACUGUUUUUAUCCUGUUCAGCUAAAUUUUUCAGGGUGGCCUUGGU